UCUUCCUCAAGAAUCAUCUCUCUCUCUCUCCCUCUCUUCAUAGAAGCUAUGUUUCUAAGAGCUGCUUCCUCUACCUUCUCUCUCUCUCCAAAUGGAGAAACCCACCUUCAUUUUCUAUCUCCUUCUUCGUCUCCAUCUCCUUCCUCUGUUUCCCCUGUUUUGAGCUUUUCGCGGCGAAAGAUGGGGGAUGGGAUUGUAUCGAUGGCAUCAAAGGAGGCGAGCAGCCGCCCUCUGACAGGUGUAAUAUUCGAGCCCUUCGAAGAGGUCAAGAAAGAGCUGAAGCUGGUGCCAUCGGUCCCCCACGAUUCGCUCGCUCGACAGAAGUAUUCCAAUGACUCCGAGGCUGCUAUCAAUGAACAGAUCAAUGUUGAAUACAACGUUUCGUAUGUCUAUCAUGCCAUGUUUGCCUACUUCGACAGAGAUAAUGUCGCACUCAGAGGCCUUGCAAAGUUCUUCAAAGAGGCGAGCGAGGAGGAACGUGAGCAUGCUGAGAAACUAAUGGAAUACCAGAACAAGCGUGGAGGGAGAGUGAAGCUGCUGUCUAUAAUAAUGCCUCUCACUGAGUUUGAUGACCCCGAGAAAGGAGAUGCCUUGUUUGCGAUGGAGCUUGCGCUGGCUUUGGAGAAGCUUACUAAUGAGAAGCUUCUGAACUUGCACGGCGUAGCGGUCCGGUGCAAUGAUCCCCAGAUGACAGACUUUGUCGAAAGCGAGUUCUUGGCUGAGCAGGUGGAAGCCAUAAAGAAGAUAUCAGAAUACGUUGCUCAGUUGAGAAGGGUGGGCAAAGGACAUGGAGUUUGGCAUUUUGAUCAGAUGCUUCUGAAUGAAGGCAAUGCUAUCGCAUGAGGAUAUGCUCAAGAAAGGAAUAAUACAAUGGUUUUUCUAGUUUUAGGAAAUAGUUUUCUUGUGUUGUUUCUAGUGGAGGUUUUGGGUGUUUAUCUACUGAUUUAGAAACCUUCAUAGAUGUUAAAACAUAUGGGAAGAUUUUAAGUAGAAGUGUGAUGAAAAGACUGCUAUGUUACUGUUGCUCUAUAUGGUGUGAUAUGAAAAUCUCUGCAUUUCUAUGGCUUUUCUA